CCUCUGUUGUCGCGGACGGCAGGUCGUCGGGUCGUCAGCGGUGCAAGUCGUGUCUCCGACCGCCUUCGUCUCGUUCCAGCCCAUCAGAACAGUCUGUCUCUGGGUCUGCGAGGCUUGGCCAUCACGAAAGUUGGGCAGAAGAUACGAUUGUUUGCGGUCUCACGGCGCCCGGAGCCUCUGUCGCCUCGGUCUCAUCUACGACAAGACGUGGAAGCAGAAGACUAUCAACCACAGGCUGUAGGCGAUCGGUCCAAGGUAACGGUCCCUUGGCAACGGGAGCCCGAUAGCUGGUCUCUUGGCGCCGGCAUUGCAGAGCGGAGUGUGGCAACAGGAGAGUCGCUGGCAGCCGAAAUCCUGGAAGACUCUGGAGCGAAUGCAGGCAGUCAGGUUGUUUGGGAGCGUGUCUCGACACUCACGAUGCACGGAACAGCCGCGAAGCACGGUGCUGAUCUUUCCUUGCCGGUUAUUUCGAGGGAACAGGAUCUCGUACUUCUGGCAGCAUCGAGAUUUGGUCGAUUUGUUUACAAAUGA